GCGCCAAACAGGCGGAGUUAGGGUCGUCACGUCUCGCCGGGCCCCCUCCGUGCCUGUGCUACAUUUGCGACUCGAGACCUCUCGGAGCUCUCUCGUUGCGCAAUCCUCGUGCUGCUGGCUGGUCGCUGCAUCAGCUGCAGGCAGAGAGUGUGAUUUCGGUGCUCGCUCGUCUCGGAUUCUCGGAUUGCGGAGCUCGAUUUGGCCGACGCCUUCGGUUGUGGCGCCCGGAGAGGAGGACGAGGAGGCACGCCUGGGGGCGUGAAGCAUUGGCUAGGAUUGGAUUGGAUUGGACUGGACAUGGGGAGGCCUCAGGAUGUGUACGUUUCGUUUGACACCGUGAGGGACAAGAAUCUCAUGCAACUGAAGAAACUGAAUAUGUCCAUCUUCCCUGUGUCCUAUCAGGAUAAGUUUUACACGGAUGCAUUGUCGUCUGGAGACUUUACGAAGCUAGCGUAUUAUGCGGAUCUCUGUGUCGGUUCGAUAGCAUGUCGUCUCGAGAAGAAGGAGGGUGGUGCUGGUGUCCGACUUUACAUCAUGACUCUUGGUGUGCUAGCCCCGUACCGAAGAAUAGGCAUCGGAUCAAAGCUUUUGAAGAAAACUCUGGAACAAUGUGAACAAGACCCUCUGAUUGUGGAGGUGUAUUUACACGUGCAGACCAACAAUGAAGCCGCUAUUGAGUUUUAUAAGAAGUUUGACUUUGAGAUUACGGAGACCAUCAAGAACUACUAUAAGCACAUUGAACCUCCAGAUUGUUAUGUUCUGUCUAAGAACCUGGUCUCGACUAGCAAAGCUAAAGCACCUCGGUAGCUUUGUAAAUCAGUUUUGUCCCAACUAAUAGGUGAAAAUUUUACCCUUUUUGUCUCCUAUAAUUUAAGAAUAUAUAAUCUCCACUCUC